AAUAUAGGACAUCUAUAGUUAAGAUUGUGUCACAAGGCAUAACAGUUUCGUAUCAAAUUCAAGGACCAGCAAAAUGAAGGGCGUUCUCCUCCUUGCGUUUGCAUUCGUGCACGUUUGUACCGGCCGGGAGAUCGUCAAAAAGAACGCUGUCAUUUUUGAAUUCGAUGAUAGUGACGAAAGAGAUCUUGCUUACUAUGAUGCUUCAUCCUUCGAUGACGAGGCAGAUGAGAUCUUCGACGAUGAAGACCUCGAAGCUCUGAAAUACCCUGACGAUUGCAAGCAUUCAAAUCUUAUCGAUGCUGCCAAUCAGGGUGGUUGCAAGGCCAAAGCAGUAAAAAAUCAGGACACGUCCGUCUACAAAGAAAAAUUUGUCACCAGUAUUCCUCACAGUGUCAAAUCGAAUCCUACCUGCAAGUCGAUCAUCAAUGAAUUAAACGCCCAAUGCUCAGAUGAACUGGAUUACCCUGGUGAUUGCAAAACAUCGAAGCUAAUCAAUGUUGCUAAUAAAGGUGGUUGCAGCGUCAAAGCAGGAAAAACAAAGCACUCGUCCGUCUUCAAAAUAAAACACGUCACCAGUAUUCCUAAAACUGUGAAGAAGGAUAGCACCUGCGAGGCAAUCAUCAAGGCAUUAAACGCCAAUUGCUAAACAACUGACUUUGAAAUGGAGUGUUUUGACUUCGUAGAAUUCCCGUUUCGCUAUAAAUAUAUAGUCAAUUACUAAGGUGUGUAUGUAUUUUGCGCUUCCGACCUAGAUCUCUAUUAGAUUGUAUAUAUCAUUAAUAAACGAUGAUAAAGACAUCAAAGGCCAUUAGUAACUAUCUAUUUUGACGAAUGUACACUGCACUAUGGAGCCCUGUAAUUUAAUAUUUUACAUAUCAGAUUGAUUUCUCUUUUAAUAAGUGCAUACACAUUUAAAAUUCUUAAAGCGUCAUACGGCUGGUAGUUUACUCAGAAAACGACACGAACAUCAAAAUUUAUUGUAUGUGUAAUUGGCUUGAGAAAAUGAUGUGUUUUGUAUGUUAGUAAUAUGUUUAAUUCUUUAAAUAUUCUAAUAUAAUCCAUCUUUCUGCAACACAAGUGUUGUUGUUUUAUUC